UGUGCAGUGCGAAUCGCCAGAAUGGUUGCUUAUGUUAGUGCAGGCACUGUAGAAUAUCUCUACAGCCCAGAUGGCAGCUUCUACUUCUUGGAACUCAAUCCUCGCCUGCAGGUUGAACAUCCCUGCACAGAGAUGGUGGCAGAUGUCAACUUGCCUGCUGCCCAAUUACAGAUCGCCAUGGGGAUCCCCUUGCAUCGGCUUAAAGAUAUCAGAAUCUUGUAUGGUGAAAGUCCUUGGGCCGAUACACCAAUCAACUUUGAGGAACCAAUAAAUAUUCCAAGGCCCAGCGGCCAUGUUAUUGCUGCCAGGAUCACAAGUGAAAACCCUGAUGAGGGAUUUAAGCCCAGUUCAGGAACAGUCCAGGAAUUAAACUUCCGCAGUAAUAAAAACGUCUGGGGAUACUUCAGUGUGGCAGCUGCUGGUGGCCUGCAUGAGUUUGCUGAUUCCCAGUUUGGUCACUGCUUCUCCUGGGGAGAAAACCGUGAGGAGGCUAUCUC